AUGGAACCUACUGCGGAUCCCAAUGUUUCCAGACGUCCAGAGGAACUGUUAGAUGAUGGAGAAACUGCAAUUAAUGCACAGAGGCCAAUUAUCAUUGAUAAUUUCGACAGCGACCCAGACAGCGAAUUCAGUACCGAGGGAUCGGACAUGACUUCGUUAUCGUCGAGUGUUUUCGAUUACGAGUAUGAAAAUGGGCGCCGUUAUCAUAGCCCUCGUGCAGGGAAUUACAUGAUGCCGAAUGAUGAACAAGAACAAGACCGCAUGGACCUGGCCCACCAUAUCUGGCUUCUACUACUGGGAGGCGAGCUUUAUAAAGCACCUGUUAAAAAUCCUCAGAAGGUCUUGGAUCUAGAGACUGGCACAGGCAUUUGGGCCAUGGACAUGGCGGACAAAUUCCCCGAAGCUCAUGUCAUUGGAAAUGAUCUUAGUGCCAUUCAACCAAGCUGGGUGACACCGAACGUGGAGUUCAUCGUGGAAGACUAUGAAUCAGAGUGGUUGUACAAACAUAACAGCUUCGAUUUCAUCCAUGCACGACUACUAUCAGGAUGUGUCGUCGAUUGGUCUAAAUUCCUACGCAAUAUAUACGACCAUCUCAAACCAGGCGCCUACUUUGAGAUUCAAGAAAGUGCCCUUUGGGCCUGGAGUGAUGACGGCUCCAUGGAACCCAAUUCUCCACUUCUCCAAUAUCUCUCAGCACUUGAAGUAGCUUCACACAAGAUUGGUCGAGACCUAAACGUCUACUACAAGCUCCGAGAUUGGCUUGUUGGCGCUGGCUUCGAAGACGUGCAGCAAUUCAUGUAUUUCUUGCCAUAUGCACCUUGGCCGCGUGAUCCGCAUCUCAAGGAGCUGGGGAAGUUCCAGCUUGCUAUGGCCCAGAUUGCGGUUGAGUCUUAUGGAUUGAGACUGCAAACUGGUGUUCUUGGAUGGGGUGAACAACCUUCGAAGAUCUUUAAUGCUACUGUGACGAAGCAGAUGAGAGAUAAGAAUAAUCAUUCUUACUGCAAGGAGGUUGUUGUUUACGGAAGAAAGCCACUGCGGUAG